AUGGCAUUACCACCUCAAGGUCGAGUUUAUUUUAAAAUAAACGAAAAAACAAUUGGCCAAUUUAACAAUCCAAAUUAUUUAACGGAAAGAAUGCACCGGCUUACUGCUUCCAAUUUUGGAGAUGUUAUAAAAUUAAAAGAAUCGACAUCUUGUGAUAGUAUAGUUAAAAAAAUUUUAAGAAAAAAUAAUUUUUCUACUGAAGCUACAAAGUACGGGAAAAUAAAUGAAACGGUAGCAAUAAAAAAAUUUGAAGAAGAAUACAAUAAAAUUGUAAAGCCUGCCGGUUUAUUUGUUGACGUUCUUCAUGGAUAUUUAGGAGCUUCACCUGAUGGAAUUAUUUCUGAAGACGAAAUUGUGGUAAAGUGUUCUUAUAAGACCUUCAAAUCUGGAUAUUCGUUAGAAGAGGGGAUUAUAAGAAAACAAAUACCAUAUUUGUCAAUGAAAGACAAUAAAAUAGCACUUAGGAAAAAUCACGAAUAUUACUAUCAAAUACAAGGCCAACUAAAUAUUAUAGGAGCUAAACGAUGCUAUUUUAUUGUAUAUUCAGGGCCAAAAAAUAAAAUUCUCGUCGAAGUAUUUCCUAAAGAUGAAGACUUUUGGAUUAACAAAAUGCUUCCAAAAUUGGAAAGAUUCUUUUUGAAUUGUCUGGGGCCAGAGAUAAUUUUAAAUAGAAGAGGGCGAAAUUUAAAAUGUUUAGAUCCACCCUACAUCAGAGAAGCGCAAGAAAAGAAAAAAAAAUGA